GCUCCGCUGCCCCAAUGACUCUCACAGAAGGAACAGGGUACAUCAGUGUGUAACACAGGCAUAGCUGAAACAAGUCCAGUUAUUGCUGCAGAGGAUACUAGCCUUCCAUUGGCAAUGAAAUCUGGGACUCUCUGUAGAGGGUGAAGGAGUCGUGGGUACUGGAGUGCCAGUGUAACUUGGGGAACUUUAUUUUUGGAUUGUUUAACACCUGCUCUAUCCUGGCUGGAUCUGUGUAAAGUGUAUUAAUGGUAUUUGCUGCAAAAUUUAUCAGCCCUUUUGUGUGAUGAGAAGAUUCCCUGGGUGAUCAUUCAGGGGCUGCAAGCGACUGCUACCCACCUAACCUGGAGCUGCGGAUAAGGUGACUGGAGGAGGCUUGGUUGUUUCUGUCCAACAUGAAGUUUCUGGAGAUCAUCUUGCUCAUUGCAGGGACUGUUACCAUUUUGUAUGCAACUACACCAGCACAAAGUGAUUGCUUACAAGAAGAACAAGCUUGUCUGCAAGAUGUACAGUGCAAUUCCAGUUACCAUAUUUUCCAGGACUGCUCAAGUGGAGAAAUGUCUAGUUCUAGGUGUCAGAAUGCCGCUUUGGUUCUUCAGGAAAGCCCUUUGUUGGGCUGCAAGUGCCAGCAUCGCAUGAGAAGGGAAGAGCAUUGCCUGAAUGUCUACUGGACUGUCCAUCCUGUACAGGAUGACUUGGUCUUUGAUGAGUCUCCUUAUGAAGAAUCAGAGUUUGAAAACAUGUUGACUUCAGAAUACAGUCGCGUCAUUGAGGAUGAUCCCAGCCUGCUCAGCAUGGACACUGAUAAUGUCUGCUUGCAACAAGCCAAUAUUUGUAGCUCCAACAACAAGUGCAGUCGCCAUAAGACCUCCUAUGCGAGCCUCUGCAACCAGCGAAAUGCCGACGGGUCCUGUGACAGACGCAAAUGCCACCGGCACCUAAGAAAUUUCUUUGACAAAGUCUCUGAGGAGUUUACAAAGCGUCUCCUCUUUUGUCCGUGUGAAGAGAGUUACUGUGCAGAACGCAGAAGGCGAACUAUCGUACCUGAGUGCUCCUUUGAGGAAAAAUCCAAGAAAAAUUGUCUGCAGCUCCAACACUCCUGUGUGGCAGACAUAGUAUGCAGAUCACAUUUGGCGGAUUUCCAGAAAAACUGCUUUCUGUCUGACAAAACCUCAAAAGAGUGUCCCCCUGAAAAGUAUGGUGCUUGUCUGCAGUCCUAUAUCAGGAUGAUCGGUACUGUGAUGACUCCAAAUUACAUUAACAACUCUAGCAUGGAUGUGUCUCUGUGGUGCACCUGUGAUGGCAGCGGCAACCAGCGAGAAGACUGCAACACAGUGCUUGGAAUGUUUGCCAACAACAGGUGCUUCAAAAAUGCCAUUGCUGCUGAGAUAAAUCGUUAUACUCAACCACAACCAGAAGUCAUACCACAACCUAGUACAGUUGUUAUUUCAGCACCUGUAAAGGCAACUGAUCAAGAUAACUUUGAGGUGGAUGGCUCAACAAAAGUGCUGAUUCCUAACAUAAAUGAUGGGGCUGAUAAAGCAUCAUAUGGAAAGUCAAAUACAGCAUCGGGCGUGUCUUGUCCAUCAUUGGCUUUGACCCUGCCAAUACUCCUUUGGCUCUCAAACGUGUUCUAUAUGUUGUAAACCAACCCAGACAAACUCACAUUCAUCCGUAGCACAAUGUUAUCAACUUCAUCUGAUUCAUAAGAAUAUGGUCUGACCCAGGACAUUCCCGUUUGAGAAGCCUAGUAGAACGUUGGAGAUGUCAUUCAUAAUUCAGCUUUAUUGCUGUGAUUUAGGUACACUAAUAGACUGAUGAAAGCUGCCUGUCCAGCAAUGAAAGCCUUAAGCCAUGUAGCUUUGUAAAGGAACACUGAUUGCCAUCUUUCUUCAGCUGCAGAGACUUCUGGUAAAUAGAUAGAGAUUUAAGAAGACAAAUAACUGUCUUUCAUCACAGGAACAUUCAAAACGUAAGACUACAAUGGAUUGGGAAUGAAGAGAUUAUUUACAUGCUUAUCCUGUCAGUGUAAAAUGCUUCUCAGUACAUUGGAAAAGACUGUUGUGGUUUAAAUGUUCCAGAAAUAGCCAGAUUUUUCAAAAUUAAAGCCUACAUAAAACUGAUAUCAUUUAAAAAUGAGCCCUUAAUGGCAUACAUAUUUGGGGUUUGUUGUAGCUUUCCAGUCAAUCACAGUGAAACUUGUGUAAAUAGUUGGCUGUCUCUUGUGUGAUGUGAGCUGACUGGCUGCGGGCCGGCCAGUUGUAUUGUUUUUGAUUUGCAGGCCAAGUGAAUCACACGGGAAGCUGAAGGGCAGUUCAGCCCUUAUAACAAAUUGUAACUGCAGUCUGAGUGCAGACUGAUAGACACGUCAGUCCAAAUUGCUGAAGGAAGGGCCCCUGCAUGGAGCUAUGAUUACAGAAGAUUUGGAUGACUACCUUACUCCAUGGGUGGCUGGGAUAAGCAAAGUCAAAAUAUGAUUAUUUCCUCUAACCAAUGUACUCAUUACAAUAAACUUGUAUGGUGUUAUGUGACAAGGAACCAGCCAACUAGUUUCUGAAUUGCUAUCAGGCUUCUGUUGGGGUGGGUUGUAUGCCAUGUAAGUAAAACCAUAUUUAUAUGUUUUACCACUGUGGCUUUUGUGCAUUUUGAACACUACAUUCCUGUUUAAAGUGAAAAUACACUCUUUUUAUAGGC